AUCCGGCUUGUGUGAGUCGAAGCCGGUCAAGAUGGCGUCUCAACAGCAGCAGGCUGGUGGACCGAUGUCUCAGCCCGGAUUACAACAGCAACAACUGAGUCAACAGCAAGACUUCGAUCCGGUGCAUAGAUUCAAGAUGCUCAUUCCCCAGCUGAAGGAGAGUCUCCAGAACCUGAUGAAGAUUGCGUCCCUGAAUUUGGCCCAUAACACGUCAAUUGACAACGGCAUCAAAAGCAGCGACGCCUCUGUUCAGCGCUUUGACAAAAGCUUAGAGGAAUUUUAUGCCCUCUGUGAUCAAUUGGAGCUGUGUUUGCGGCUGGCGUACGAGUGCCUCUCCCAGAGCAUUGACAGUGCCAAACAUUCACCCAACUUGGUCCCGACAGCCACCAAGCCAGACACGGUGCAGACAGAGUCCAUGUCUUACGCCCAGUACCUCGGCAUGAUCAAGUCUCAGAUUUCCUGCGCCAAAGACAUCCACAACGCUUUGCUGGAGUGCUCCAAGAAGAUCGCUGGAAAGGGACAGCCUCAAGGAAUCAUGUAGACCUGGACCCUGACUAUCCCAACUCUCCAUGCGUCUGGUGACUUUUCAGAAACAUGAUGGAUGGAUUUAAUAUUUGGGGCUGUCCAAUAUUCAGAACUCAGUUUCCCCCCCCCUGUAUAUUUGGUUAAGAUUUUUUUUAAGUAAGUUGUUUUGUAUGAAUGCUAUGUAAAUAUUCCUGUCAUGUUAUGAGAUGACCAGCAGGUGGUGGCAGAGUUGUAACCACCAACUCAAAAUUCUCAAAUCUUUUGUAGCUUAUUUGUACUGAUUAUUAAAACCUUUCUACUGAACCUUUUCUCAUUAUUCAGGAUGCACAAAGGAACAUGUGUCCAUUAAUAAGAUCUUCAGCUGAUGAUGAGGAUUUAAUGUUAGAGCAUGAUUCAUAAAGAGAAAAAAAUAUUUGCUCAACUGUGCAUGCGAAUUAACACAGUUUAACUGUACCAUGUAAUCUAUUUUGUCUGCAGUAAAGUACAUAAGACUUAACACUCGAAGGGAUAAAACGGAGGAAAAUGUCAGA